AUGGACAUCUUCAUGGUCGACUCGAACUCCCAGGAUGCGGAGGAUCCACCUCUGGACCCCGAGCACAACAUCUGCGGAUCCGCGCACAACCCGCCGGGAGCAAACUGCGCGUCGCAAGGUGGACCGACUUCUGUCGCGACAUGCAAGGCAUGGUUUUGGGCCUUGUGGCGCAAGAACCAGGAGUGGCUGACAGAGCAGCUGAGCAAGUCCACAGCGGACUGGCUGGGAGGACUCACCUGCUUCGUGACCGGCGGCGGUGGAGGAAUCUCUUCUGAAGCCACCCCGAACAUCCACAACAAGAGGGACUGGUACGGUGAGGCCCAGUACGGCUUCUACGAUCUCUUGAUCUCCAAGACCUCCAUCCUCAUCACCUCCAUCAACUGGCAACUGG